GUUAAAAUCCUUAAAAAUCAAAACAUACUUCAUAAUACUUCAGAGUUAAGAGUUAAAUUUAGAAAGGAGAGUUUAGAUAUUACUUUCAAAAAAUAAAAAUAUGACAAUUUUAGAAUUUGACAAAAAAGUGACUGGGUUUUUGUUACUACCCUUCUUCAAACACGAGUGGCCGAUGCCCUGUUUUUACAUCUGCGCUGGAACAAAGGACCACAUGAGUAGAGAAGACCUCCCAAUCGUUGCCAUAGCCUCCGACGAAUCUCACUGCAUCCAUCGCCCUCCGCAAACGGAUCCUCACUUAGCCCUGCCAUUUCCGCUUACUUCAAUAUCGCUGGAGGAGUGCCGCCAUCGCUGCUCCAAGGCUGGAGGAGUGCCAUCAUCGCUGCUCCAGGGGUCCACCGUGUCCACUCCAUGGGUCUGUCGUCGCUGCUUCGGCCCUCGCUAGUCACUGUCGUCGCUUCAGAUCUCACCGGUCUUCGUCGCUACUUCAGCAUUCAUCGGCCUCUUGUGGUUUAGAUCCGGUUCAGAUCCGACAACGACUUUGUGUUGUGGGCAGUCGACGAGGGUCAAAACCGGGCGGGUGUGGCUAUGAACUGGUGGUUAUUGAGGUCAGCGACAAGUCGAGUUAUUGGGAGUGGCUAAGGUCGACUGGUGGAGGUGGAGGUGAGGGUGGGUUGAAAUGUGCUGGUGGGGUAAGGGUGGGGGGUUGUGGGAUAGUGGGGCAGGGGAGGGGGUUGGGAGCUGGUGUGUAUGGCUAGGGACAAGACAAGGGAAGUGGUGGUGGGGCAGGGGCAGGGUGUGGUGGUCACCGGUGGGGAGGCGGUGGUAACUGAUCGGAGGGCGGAAUAAUUUGUGUCACUAUGGGCGGCGGCGGCGGUGGCCGAACGGAGGAGCUAUCACUGUGGCCAGAGGUUGGACGGAGAUAUCAUUACAGGAAUGUCACCGUGAAAUUGUCACUACGGAGGUCUCAUUAUGGCCAUCGGCGGCGGUGGCAGUAACAUGGGCGGCGGCGGUAACACGAGCAAUGGCGACAAUAGUGACACGGGCAAUAACGGGAGUGACAUCCAACAGUGACAUGAAAAUGACACAGUGAAAUGAAUAUAUGGUUGUCACUUUAUUUUAGUCACAUUUUUAUCCAAAUGUGAAAGUGGUCACACUUUUGAAAAUUAGCAUUAAUUUAGUAAUACUCAGGGAUAACCCCUUAAAUUUACCUGUUAUUGGGCCAUUGGCCCAAAACAAAUUAACCCAACUUUUACCCUUUAUGGUUGAGUAGGCUAAG